AUGAUGGAAUGCAACAUCGAGCCAGAUGGCGUGACCCUUGAGGUCUUUGCUCGGACCGUGGGCGAGGUUCAAUGGGAACAAGCCCUCACGGCAUCCUCAUUGAGUCCCAGGAUCUUGGCCUCUGCACUGAGUGGGCGCCAGCAGACUGCCUGGCAGUUUGCUGCUGCAUCACUGGUGGCGAUGGCUGCGCAGUCGGACGUGACGAACUGCUGCACCACGCUGGCCCUGUGCGCCGAGCCCCACUGGCCUUUGGCGCUGGAACUGCUCAUGUCCAAGCAUGUGGACACUGCCGCCUGCACAGCUGCAAUGUCCCCAGAGGCUGCUUUUGGAAUCCUGGACUUGUUGCAGCAGCGGGGUCUGCAGCCGAGCUGUGCUACGGCGACAGCUGCCACAUCUGCACUGGUGCGAAAGACGUUCUGGCACAGUGCCGCCGUGCUUCUGGCACGAAUCCAGGGUAGCCUUGUCGUGCCCAACCUUGCAGUCCUCAACGCCCAGCUGAAGGCUGCGGAGAUUCGUAGUGCCUGGGCCGUAGCACUUGAGCAGCUGAAAUGGAUCGUUCGCUGCCGGUUCUCUCCAGACGAUAUCACCUGGUGCUCCUCUGUGGCUGCUUGUGCCAAUGCAGCUCUGUGGGCAGAUGCUUCCAACCUGCUACGACAAAUGCAACAGCUGCAGCUGGAGGUGCCGCUCUUCACCACCACAGCGGCCAGCGCGGCCGCAGCCGGGGCGGCCUGGCCCCGUGCCAUGGCGCUGGGGACGAAUGGGGCGCUGGCAGCCAGGAGCAUUUGCUGGGACAGGGCAUUGACACUGGCAAGCCAAAGCGAGUCCAGCGAGCACGACCGGCAGAUGGCCAUCAACUCCGCCGUGGCGGCCUGUGCCGCAGGUCGGUGGCCUUGGGCCCGGCACCUGCUGCGGCACACGGAUGUGGAUGCCGUGGGCCUCAGCGCCGCGCUGUCCGCGGGUCCUUGGAAGGCUGCCUUGGCGAUGUUGCAGGUGGCCGCCACGGUGGACCAAGUGUGCUUCAGCGUUGCCAUUGCGACCUGUGCUCGUGGCGAGGAAGAAGUCGGGGGGGUCGAGCGGGUCGUUCCGGGGGCGGCCCAGUUCGCCGUGGAUGCCUGGGGAGGCGUUCUGAUGAGAGGUCAUGCUGUUCGUGUGCGUCUCAUCCAAGCCUUCGCCUUAGAGCUGAGAAGAGGAAGGACGGGAGACAGAAAGGUCGUGCGCUCUUUGGCUGAGACAGCUGGGCCAGAAAGCCAUACCAUUGCAUUGAAGCUCCUCUGGGAAUGCUUGCAGAAACUGAUGGCCAUUUGGGAAUCCUCUUGCCUUGGUGGCAAGGGGGACUAUCAGAAAGCUUUGCCCAAAGCCCAAGAAUGGGGACGGGCAGCGGCCACCUUCUUCGCCACGAUGAAGCUGGACUUUUGCUUCCAGGCCCUCGUGAGCUUCUCGAUGAAGCUGAAGAAGACGCUCACCGACAUCCCACGCUUUCUGUGUGCUGACAGCGUUUGCAACCAGUUUGAGCACUUGAUCUCUCUCUGGAGGUCUCAUGCAGCCAUCGUGACGGACCUGGCCAUUCAAGAUGCCUACGAAAACCGAUGGAGGCGGUCGGAAUGGACGCCGUCGGACCUUCGUCUUCGGAGCCCAAACGAGGGUCCCGCGCGACGGCAGAUGGAGCUCGGGCUCCUGGAGCGACGCCACCGAGCCGGUGCGCAUGGACCAGAACGGCAGCAAGGAAUUGACGCAUGGUUUGGCCUCGCCGGCAGUUGCAUGUCAGACUCUGGCUGGGAAGUGGCUGCUCGAACCGAGAACAAAGCCGCGCUGUCUCAUCGUUCCAGCCCGUGGGGGGGGCAUCUGCUGAAGUUCGAGUUCUUCAACCUCUUCAUCGAGAAUGCCCCUCCCAAUCCCAGUGACUUGUUGGUGAGACCUGAAGUGCGAGGCACCUUCGAUGACAGCCCCUCGGACACGAGCCGGGAGACCUAUGCGCCCGGCGACGCCUUGGUGCAACGCUCCUCCACGCUGUGGAUCUUCCGCCUCGCCUCGGUGCUCUUCGGGCACUCCAGCGGCCCCUCCGAGCGCCCGAGCACCAAAAAGCGGGAGAGGAACAGCUUUUUUUACGACCCGAAGCCCAUCCCAGCGCGGCAUCAACUCCGAAGAGACUUCCCGGAGCCGAAAGACUGCUCCUAUGCAGCUUUCCAGGACUACCAUGGGGUUGGACAGGAAGGCAUUCUGAUCGCUCGCAACUUGGGGCAGCAAAACCGCUUUCGGGUGGUCUUGGUCUUCAGCACGCCUGAAGACAAAUGGCCGUAUUGGGCGGCGCCGUUCUUCCACUGGCUCACAGACACGCUCCACAAGGCAGCCCUGAGGUUCUUGAACCGUCCUUUGGUCCAACAGAUGCGUGCGAUCGACGCGAACCUCUACAUGGUGCUUGGGAUGCGAAGCUUCAAUCGUGGACCGCCGCUGCUUCCCGAGAAAGAGGACUCGUCCGAGAGCAUCAGCAUCAGCAACAAGAGUGGCGAUGUCACCCACUGGACGCGUUUGAAGAGGAAGUUCCGCAUGACGGAGUACUUGCACUCCUUCAUGGCGGCUUUGGGAUAUGACUUGAAGACCUAUCAGAGCCUUGAGGGCCGCACCUUAGUGAACUACCAAUGUGUGGUGCUGCGAAAGGACUGGGAGACCCACAGGGCUGCCUUCGUGGAAGCCUUCAGUCUGCAAAAGGCCGCCUAUCGAAGGGCGAACGGUGGCACUACAGCACCCAGCUUGGUGGAAGACGCGCGGGCCAAUUUCAUUUCGGAAGGUAGCAACGCGUCCGACUCGCCCAGUCCGAUGAUCGUGAAGACGGUGGUGCGCAAGACCUUUCUGGAGCUGGAGGAGGAGGAGCUGGAGAAAUUUUCGGAGAUCCCUCUGCGGCGGAGCAAGAGCGACUCCUUUGGUGAUGGCUGGACCUCGAUCCUAAGUGAGGGGCUCCAAAAGUGA